AUGAAAUGGUAUGGCAAAAAGUUUCGGCCGUUUGAAUUGCACAAAGGGGAUUUUCUGGAUGAGAAAUUCCGCGAUCUUAUCACCAAAGAAGCAACAAUCAUUCUUAUAAAUAAUUAUGCAUUUACGGCUGAUUUAGAAACGCGCAUAAAACGGGAACUGCUCAGUGAGCUGAAAGAUGGUACGCGAAUUAUCUCAACAAAGCCAUACAGCAUGCCGAAUCGAACAAUCACCGACCGACAUUUAAAUGAUAUAUCAGCAAUUCUGGAUGUGUAUGAGAUGAAGCACUGCGAUAAUGCUUGCUCAUGGACGAGCAAUUAUGUGGCCUAUUACCAUCAUACCAUCAAUCGAGCAAAACUCGAAAAAUAUUUUCUGUUACAACGAAAUCCAUCGCUGAAGCAGGGCAAUGGUUCGGAGGGAAGUCGACGUUCGUCUACAUCAAGCAAAACAUCACGAGAAACGUUCCGUAGCUGGUCCCGUGAAUCGAGCGCGUCUCUAACAAAUAGUUCAGUUACUGUCCAGGGUCAUCAUGGUGGUACUCCAACAACCGCUGGACGAAGUCACACACCUUGUGAACGAUCUGCAAGUCCGAUGCACCGUAGAAACAAGCAGCAGAAUUCCGAUGCUUCGGAUGACGAAGAUUACGCGGCUGGACCAACAACGCGUCGCAAAUGGCAAGAGUACUGCUCGAUAAAAACCAAAGGGAAACGAUCUGCGGCAUCGUCUGCAGCUUCAGCGGAACACAAUACCUCAUCGGGGCGCAGCUCCAAAUGGCCCACGCCUGAUUUUGAUUAUGCGCCAUCAAAGAAAAUGCGGAAAAUUGGACAACGCGGAAGACCACGUAAAACGAAAGUUGCUGCUAAAGUAAGUCCUCUUUUUUCCUUGAUUUUCGUAGAAAAAGAGCAAGCGUAUAGCGUGUUUCUUUAA